UGCAUGGUACCAAGCGACGACAAUGAAAGUAAUGAGCAGUUGAACGGGCACGCCCAACACCGACGCAAUGCAGGCUAUGCAUGGCAUCACCCAACUCCUUCCUAGGGCUUCUAAUCAAGAACCAUCGUCAGCAGCCCUAGAAAAAUACCCAUCUUGAUCCGCAACUUAUCUGAAGGAGGCCCACUCUGUAACUUCACAGUUUCUCUUGAGAUUUUGCUAAUGUACGAUCGCUUCGGUGUAUGAAAGUGACAAAGAAUUGGGUUCGGAGUGAGUUUGGUUAGGGCCGCUAACAAGCGUUACAAUAGACCGAGAAUCAAAUAAUUAUCCUGAAUUUUUCGAUCCACGACGUCAUCUAGCUACCCACAGUCGAACUUAUUAGUCAGUCAGUCAGUCAGAGUGGCUCUUGACUGUGUAUUAGCAGAAUCGGGGCUGGACUUGGGCUUGUGAUUGUGUGACGGGGCAAUAUGUUCGUGAUUGAUUCUGUUUCUUCGAAGCCGAGCGAGAGUAGUGCGGAGCAUUGAAGGAGCUUAUGUGAUCGGUGGCCACAGGUGUGUUUCGUGGAAGAUAGUCUUCAGGUCAUUGCGUGCUGGGAUAUGUUAAGUUCGUGGAGAGAUUGAGUUGGUGAUUGGAUAUGUUGGGGGUAGACGAUCGGGGAAGUUUUAGGGUUUUGGUGUUUGAAGUGAGUCCAUCUCCAUUUAGAUGUGUAUUUGAGUUUUCUGCUUCAUUGUUCUUUGUUGGAGUGGAUCUUGUAAGAUUGUGUGUGUAUGUGUGUGUUCAAGCGGAAGAGAGAUCCUGUGAUUCACAGAAGGAUCGUCAUGUUGGUACUGUUGCGGAAGUGUAUUGACAGGAGUUGGCGAACGGAAUUUACGUGUAUGGCAUCGUGGAGAGUUUGUAGGGUUGGGAGCUAGAUUAAUAUGCAAGAGGCGCAGUAUCACAUGAUGAUGCCGCAGCGUGACUUGUAGCAAAGCAACGUCCGAUGUUGCUUUUGUAGAAGGUGGACAGGUUGGACGUUGUGGGCAAUAUUCGUUCUGUCGUCUGGUUGUAGGGAGGGGUGGUCUAGUUCCCCAAUUCCCUUGCUUGCCAAUGCGAGUAUUUGGUUAGGUUUUACAGGAUCUAGCCGCGAUGAGUAAGGCAAAGAGAGCAGGAUUGAGAGAGAAUGGGGAUGGAGGAAUGACGGGAGUAGAUGAUACGGCGUUAGCGUCUGCCAUUGGUAAUGGCGAAGACCUAGCCCCGUUUAUCCGAGCAGCAUUUGAGGUUGGCAAGCCCGAGACUCUGAUUCAUCAACUUAAGAGCUUUGUGAAAAAGAAGGAAGUGGAAAUUGAGGACCUUUGCAAGCUUCAUUACUCAGAAUUUAUUCGAGCAGUAGAUGAACUGCGGUAUGUUCUUGUUGACGCCGAUGAGCUCAAAUCCGGGCUUGCAGAGGAAAACAGGCAGUUACAAGAGAUUGGUGACACUCUCUUGCGGAUGCUCGACGCUCUAAUACAGUCCCAUGGGACGAAGAAGAACAUAAUGCAGGCAAUUGAGUCGCUCAAAAUGUGUACUGCUGUGGUGGAUCUGUGCAUGAGAGUAAAUGAGAAUGUGAUGAAUGAUAGCUACUACCCGGCACUGAAAGCCUUGGACAUCAUGGAGCGAGACUUUUUGCCUGUAUUACAUGCUCGGGCUCUGCGACAACUUCUAGAAAGACAAAUUCCUGUUUGUAGAGCACAUAUUGAAAGAAAGGUGAACAAGGAAUUCAAUGAUUGGCUUGUUCAUAUUCGAAGUGCUUCCCGGGAGAUAGGUCAACUCUCAAUCGGGCAAGCUUCAUCGGCUCGGCAAAGGGAGGAAGAGCUCAGAGGACGGCAGCGGCAGGCAGAAGAGCAAAGCCGUUCGGGAUCUAAGGAGCUCGUGUACAUGCUGGAAAUGGAAGACUUAGACGAAGACGAUUCUCAAUUGAAAUUUGAUCUUACUCCAGUCUACAGGGCAUAUCAUAUCAAUACAUGCCUGGGGAUGCAGGACCAGUUUCGGGAGCAUUACUUCAAGAACAGGCAGCUGCAGCUGAACUCUGACUUGCAAAUAUCAACCACACAGUCAUUUUUGGAAUCGCAUCAGUCAUACUUUGCCCAGCUGGCUGGGUUCUUUAUUGUUGAGGAUCGUGUGUUAAGGUCUGCAGGGGGUCUUAUGAGCAGUGCGAGGACAGAGCAGCUGUGGGAGUCAGCUAUCAGCAAAGUGACUGUAGUCAUGGAAGACCAGUUUUCACGAAUGCAGGAUGCCAAUCAUCUUCUUUUAGUGAAGGAUUAUGUUAGUUUGCUUGGUGCCACCUUGCGAAGGCAUGGUUAUCAGGUUGGACCGUUGCUGGAGGUGCUGGAUACGAUGAGAGAUAAAUACCAUGAACUUCUUCUAGCAGACUGCCGUUACCGCAUCAAUGAUGUUCUUGCAAACGACAAGUCGGAGCGUAUGAUGAUGAAGAAGGAGUACGAGUAUAACAUGAAUGUGCUCGCUUUUCACCUACAGAGUGUCGAUGUGAUGCCUGCAUUCCCGUAUAUUGCUCCUUUUUCAGCCACAGUACCUGACUGCUGUCGAAUCGUGAGAUCCUUCAUCGAAGAUUCUGUCAGCUUCUUAGCCUACGGAGGCCAUAUUGACUACUACGAUCUUGUGAAGAGGUAUUUGGAUAAGCUUUUGGUGACAGUUCUGAACGAGGCAUUGCUCAGGCUUGUUCGAAGUCCUACACUGGGAGUGUCGCAUGCUAUGCAGAUUGCUGCCAAUAUGACCGUUCUUGAGACUGCAUGUGACUAUUUUGCGCAACAUGCUGCCAAGCUUUGUGGCAUCCCUACACGGCUCGUUGAGGGUCCCCAUGGUGCUUUGUCUGCUCAGUCCGUUCUGCGAAACUCGCAAGCUGUUGCACACGACACUAUGAUCAAGUUGGUGAAGUCGAAAGUGGACGAGGUCAUGAAUUCCACUCUAAACAUUAACUGGAGCCCUGAUGAGCCUCCAACAAUCGCCAACGACUAUUUGAAUGACGUGUAUAUCUACCUGCAAACUAUAGCGGAAACGUCUCAGGAAAUCCUUCCCCCAACUGCAUUCUAUAAAGUGAUCAGUGGUGUCCUUGAACACAUUUCUCGACGCAUCAUGGAGACCUUUUUGAGUGAGGACGUGAAGAGGUUCAACAUUUAUGCAGUGAUGGGCAUCGAAGCAGAUUUGAUGUUAUUGGAAGGUUUUGCUGAUGACAAGUACCGGACAAGUGUCCAGGACAGAGUACCCGGAGUGCAACCCUUGAAAUCGUUUCUUGCGGAGGCUCGCCAGACUGUGAACCUCUUCAUGGCUACACAACCCGACCUUUACUUGAAUCCAGUCAUCCGCGAGAGGAAUUACGGUGCGCUUGAUCCUAAAAACAUUAUUAUCAUCGGUGAGAAGUUUAAGGAUCUACCAGAGAAGUUGUUUGGUCGUGGAGGAAAAGUUGCUCCAAAGAAGAAGCUAAUCGAUGCGUUGAUCAAGCGCUUGAAGAACGAGGCUUGAGGAUCUGUCAGCAUAACACUAGCGAUUGAGCCGAAGGGGGAUUCAUGUACAUUUUGUACAAUGGGAGCGCUAGUAAUGAGCUCUGGAAUCGAGAAAAGAACUUGAGACCUAUGACUGCUGGAAGAGUUUUAGCAGAAGUGUGCAGCAGCUAGAGUUGAGAAUCUCAAAGUGAGGCUGAGAUUACUAGCUAGGGGUUGAUCACAUGCUGUUAAAUUCCUUAACCAUGUCACAGGUAUUUAGGACACGUACAGCCAGCAGUUGAAUUCGCCAUUAGAGCCUCAUGUAGUUGACUGUUCCCCCCCCCCCCCCCCUAUAUAUCUAUAAUUCUGCCAGUGCUUAUGUUCGGCAAUGGACUGAGAAGAUGCUCCCACGUUCAUUUAUGCAAUUAAAUCGCGAUACUGAAUUGAGAUUUUCUUGCAGUUGGCGUACUAUGAAAGAGGUGGUAGACUGCCAUGAGGUGUUCAAACUGUGAGAAGUGAUAUGACUUCUUACUAGACAUUGUAGGGUUUUUGUCCCUAGUGUAAUCAUAUUCCUGUUGUUUUUGUAAAUUGAUGCCCUUGGUCGAUUUUUUAGUAGCACCACAGGUAAUUCCGACUCACAGUUGGUGGGGAAUUAUUGAUGACAUUCCAUGGUCAGAAGUACAGUGCAAAUGUAUUUGCACAGCAGCUCUGGGAUUUUCAAUUGUCCUUAUGUCAUCUCUGCGAAUUCAGCUCAUGAAA